AUGUACUUCAAGUCGACCUCGCCAUCGUCGUCGAGCACCUCGCCGCCGUCCUCACCGAGGUUCCUGGACCCUCCUCGAUCUCGAUCUCAUCUCAAAUAUGCGCUCCAGUACCUCACCGCCGUCCUCACCGAGAUUUCUUCAGUGCUGCCUGACCUCGCGGGUAUAGUAGGAAGGUGCAGGCCGGGGGAAUUUCGUGCACAGCUCAAAGGUGUUUCCCGGUGA